UUACAAAGUAAAACAUAGGAGGAGGUGGAGUGGUGGGUAAAUAAUAAUAAUGAGGUAGUAUUCAUUUUUCCAGGAUCAGUUCUUCUUAUUGCCUACAAAACACCCCUCUCCUCUCAGCCCUUCCCAAAUUCACCGAUUUUCUGAGAUGGAUACUGGGCCGGGGCAGCACAAUGUUGCUUCCAAAGAUGUUGUACCAGUAACCACCGCAAAUAAUGAUGCUGAUUUGAAGGAAGAUGAUUCACCUGUAAAUGGACUUUAUUAUAACCAAAAUGUGAUACCUGCAAAUAAACCAGGAGAUAUUCUCAAGAAUUUACAGAAUGUAUCCUAUGUAUACAGACAAGAUGUUGUAAGAAGCAGUGUCAAUAGUAAGCUUGGAAUUGUUACUGAAGUUGCUGGUGACUCUGAUUCCGAUGGAAGCUUAACUGAUGAUGAUGACGAUGAUGAUGAUGAUGAUGAUGAUGAGGUAGAUGACGAUGAUGGUGACGAUGAAGAUGCUGAAGUGGAUAACUCUCAAAAAGUUAACCAGACUAAAGAUUCUGAUAGUCAAAAGAAUCAUAACCUCCCAGCUGAUCAAGUUAGGGUGCUCUGGAUAGAUGAAUCUGAGACGACAGAAAGUAUAAAUAAUGUGAAAGUUGUUGAUCGGGGAUUUCUGCAUGGGGAUUAUGUUGCUGCUGCUUCAGACCCAACGGGUCAAGUGGGUGUUGUGGUAGAUGUCGAUAUUUCUGUUGAUUUAUUAACUCAUGAUGGCUCUAUCAUUGAAAAUAUUUCUGCCAGGGACUUGAAACGUGUCAGGGAUUUCACAAUCGGUGACUAUGUAGUUCUUGGUCCCUGGUUAGGUAGAAUUGAUGAUGUUUUGGAUAAUGUCACAGUUCUUUUUGAUGAUGGCUCCGUAUGCAAAGUUAUGAAAGCUGACCCACUUCGUCUUAAACCUGUUGGCAAGAAUAUUCUUGAAGAUGGGCACUUUCCUUACUAUCCUGGGCAGCGUGUCAAGGCAAACUCUUCGUCAGUCUUUAAGAACUCAAGAUGGCUUUCUGGCUUAUGGAAAGCUAACCGUCUAGAGGGUACAGUGACUAAAGUUACAGUAGGUUCUGUAUUCAUAUAUUGGAUUGCUUCUGCUGGUUAUGGACCUGACUCUUCUACAACGCCAGCAGAAGAGCAAAGUCCCAAAAAUUUAAAACUUUUGUCUUGUUUUUCACAUGCAAACUGGCAAUUGGGUGAUUGGUGCCUUCUUCCUUCACCUGUGCUAUUGUCCAGCAUUCCUCUGGACAAGGGAUUAUCAAAAUUAGAACUUUGUGAUUCUGUCAACGAGGAAUCAGAAUCUGCUCAAACAGGAGCAGAAUGUUCUGAAGUUGUCACUUCGGAGGAAUCAAAUGGGAACGGUGAAUUAAUAGGACUUGAUGCAGAGGUUUCACUGGAAGCAAAUAAUGGGAAGGCUGAAGCUAAAGCUCCUGCAGAAUCUAGUUCGUGUUCUAGUUCAUUGUCUAUUUCCAAGGAGUCAGUCCAUGAAUCUUGGCCCUUACAUCGCAAGAAGAUCCGUAAAGUUAUAGUCAGGAGGGACAAAAAAGCAAGGAAAAAAGAGGACAAUUUUGAAAGAGCCCUGUUGAUCGUUAAUACUAGGACUAGUGUUGAUGUAGCCUGGCAGGAUGGAACAAUAAAAAGAGGUAUAAAUUCCACGAGUUUGAUUCCUAUUGAGAGUCCGGGAGAUCAUGAAUUUGUUGCAGAACAGUAUAUAGUUGAGAAAGCUGCCGAUGACGGUUAUGAUGCUGGUGAAACUAGACGUGUAGGGGUUGUGAAAAGUGUUAAUGCAAAGGAGAAGACAGCUCAUGUGAGGUGGUUAAAGCAAGUUACUAGGGCUGAGGAUCCCAGAGAAUUUGAUAAAGAAGAAGUAGUAAGCGUUUAUGAGUUGGAGGGCCAUCCUGACUAUGAUUACUGCUAUGGAGAUGUUGUUGUUCGAUUAUCACCUGUUUCUCUUCCAGUAGAAAUUCUAUCCACUACUAACUCUGCUGAAGAGUCUGAGCUGCUGCAUGGUACAUAUGAGGAAGAGCAAGAUGCAGAACAGCACAUUGGAUGUAAGAAGGUUGAGGAUGAAUCAACUGAUGAAGUUUGUACUGAAUUCUCAGAUCUCUCCUGGGUUGGGAAUAUUACUGGACUCAGGAAUGGUGACAUUGAGGUCACAUGGGCUGAUGGAAUGGUAUCAAUGGUUGGUCCUCAAGCAAUAUAUGUUGUUGGUCGCGAUGAUGAUGAGUCAAUUACAGGUGGAAGUGAAAUUAGUGAUGAUGCAGCCAGCUGGGAAACCGUUGAGGAUGAUGAGAUGGAUACUAUUGAGAAUGCUGAUGAGGGUGUUAAAAAUCGAAGUGCCACUGACAUCAGAAUUGACAAUGAAGAUGGCUCUGAUAGUUCUGGAAGAAAUGGGGCUCUUUCCAUUCCCCUGGCUGCACUUGGGUUCGUGACCAGGUUGGCCUCUGGCAUAUUUUCAAGGGGGCGAAAACACACUGAUCCAGAUUCCAGGAGUGAUGAUGAAUUUCAGCUGCGGGAAUUGGCUGUCAAAAUAGAUACUGAUGAUGAGUCAUGUUCCCAGAGAUCUAAUGGUGGUGAUAGCAUUGGAAGUCUGAGCACUAAAGUGAAGGCAGAGGAACAAGAUGACAAAGAGGUAGCAGAUUUAUUGGAUGCGGCUGAAGCUCUUUGUAACUUGAAGCCAGAAGCAAAUGUCCCAACUUAUCAUGAUGAUCGAGCGUCUAGUUUCAAAGGAUUUGAUAUCACCAAAGAUCCUUACGAUCAUUAUUUUCGUGGUGCAAAUGAACAGAAUAAUGCGAGCAGGAAGUGGCUCAGGAAGGUUCAACAAGAUUGGAAUAUUUUGCAGAAUAACCUUCCUGAGGGAAUCUUUGUACGUGUUUAUGAAGAUCGAAUGGAUCUAUUGAGGGCUGUCAUAGUUGGAGCGUAUGGAACACCUUACCAAGAUGGCCUUUUCUUCUUUGACUUUCACCUCCCACUAGAGUACCCUGAUGUCCCACCAUCUGCCUAUUAUCAUUCUGGAGGGUGGCGAAUAAAUCCGAAUCUGUAUGAGGAAGGCAAAGUUUGCUUGAGCCUUUUGAAUACUUGGACAGGCAGAGGAAAUGAGGUGUGGGAUCCUUCAUCAUCGAGCAUUCUUCAAGUCCUAGUUUCGCUUCAAGGGCUAGUGCUAAAUUCCAAGCCAUAUUUCAAUGAAGCUGGAUAUGACAAACAAAUUGGGACAGCUGAGGGAGAGAAAAAUUCUUUGUCGUACAAUGAGAAUACAUUCUUACUCAACUGCAAGACAAUGAUGUAUCUCAUACGGAAACCUCCCAAGGACUUUGAAGAGCUUGUCCAACAGCACUUUAGAAGACGUGGUUACUACAUCCUCAAAGCCUGUGAUACUUAUAUGAAGGGAUAUCUUAUUGGUUCACUCACAAAAGAUGCUUCCAUUAGCAGUAAUACCCAUGCUAAUUCAAAUUCCAUUGGCUUUAAACUGAUGCUGGCAAAGAUUGUGCCAAAACUUUACAUAUCGUUAAGUGAAAUUGGAGCCAACUGUCAGGAGUUUAAGCACCUGCAAUAACCUUGGAAGUCUUGCAGGGCCAGCUGUAUAUCUUCUUCAUCCAAAUCCAAUAAGGUCAGCGUAAUCAUUUAACUGGAUUGAUUUCAAGACCAUUUGACCUUACAUGGUCUUAGUUGAUAUAGCUUUAGAUUCUGUCUAACUUUAGUAUUGGGAAACCCAAGAUGCAUUAUCAUGUAUUAAAAGCCCAGUAGGACGAGUCCUUCAGAGCAGAAGUUCCAAGGACUACUGCUGCUGUUUGUUAAUUGUAAAAUUUCAUGAACUAACACAACUAAUUCAUUGUUACAAUCUCUGAUGGCUUUGACUACUCAGGGUACCUACAUAGAGCUUUCCAGUUUUGCAUCACUGAAAGAGGAUAUAUUUGAGAUACCCUCUUCUGUUUUUCUUGUAUUGCUUUUCUGAGAAGUGAGAUUUCUCAUGUAUUUACAGUCUUUGUACUAUCUUUUGGCAUUUUUGUUUGUCCUUUAGAGUGAGAGGUGUUAUUGUAGUCUAGGUAUUCUUUUUUUAUCCUGUUUUGUUUUUGGGUGUAUUCCUGGAUCUUGUAUGACUUGUUUUACUUUGGAAACAAUGAUUGAUCUUAUGAUCCCUACCUCAUUAUUGGUUGGGCUUCAGUUUUGUUA